AGAAGGCACUCAGAGGGAUUUAAGUUUCCUCUUAGUGAGCUCUUCUGCUCUGGAUCUCUCUGUCUCAUCCUGCUCUUUCUCUCUCUAAACCGUAUCCCUUCAUAGACGACAGCAGCAAUGUCUUCGGUCAAAACCACUUCUUACACCAUCAGCGGUGGAAGCAUGAGUGGCGGCAGCAUGGGUGGCGGCAUGGGUGGCGGCAUGGGUGGAGGCAUGAGGAAAUCCUUCUCCAGCGUGUCUGCCAGCGCAGCACCCAUGGGCAGCAGAAUGAGCACUGUGUCAUACCGUCGCUCCGGUGGUGGUGGCGGCGGCGGUGGCUUUGGGGGCAGCAGCUUUGGAGGAGGAUCUGGAUCAGGCUUCAGCUACAGCAUGAGCGGCGGUGGCGGAGGCUACGGAGGAGCCUACGGCAGUGGUGCAGGAUUCGGCGGUGGUGGUGGAUUUGGCGGUGGUGCUGGAUUCGGCAGUGGUGGUGGAUUUGGCGGUGGUUCAGGAUUCGGUGGUGGUCUUGGUGGAGGAUUCCCUGGUGGUAUGGCACCCAUCACAGCUGUCACAGUCAACAAAGGCCUCCUAGCCCCACUGAACCUAGAAAUCGACCCCAACAUCCAAGUUGUCCGCACCCAGGAGAAAGAGCAGAUCAAGACCCUCAACAACCGUUUUGCUUCCUUCAUUGACAAGGUGCGCUUCCUGGAACAGCAGAACAAAGUACUUGAGACAAAAUGGAGUUUACUGCAGGACCAGACCACCACCCGCUCCAACAUCGAUGCCAUGUUCGAGGCCUACAUCGCCAACCUGCGUAGACAGCUUGACGGACUUGGUAAUGAGAAGAUGAAGUUAGAAGGAGAGCUAAAGAACAUGCAGAACUUGGUAGAGGACUUCAAGAACAAAUAUGAGGAUGAAAUCAACAAGCGUGCCUCAGUGGAGAAUGAAUUUGUCCUGCUCAAGAAGGAUGUUGAUGCAGCCUACAUGAACAAGGUUGAGCUUGAGGCCAAGCUUGAUUCUCUUCAAGAUGAAAUCAACUUCCUCAGGGCCAUCUUUGAGGAGGAGCUGCGUGAUCUCCAGUCACAGAUUAAAGACACAUCAGUCAUUGUGGAAAUGGACAACAGUCGCAACCUGGACAUGGAUUCCAUUGUUGCUGAGGUCCGUGCUCAGUAUGAGGACAUUGCCAACCGCAGCCGCGCUGAGGCCGAGUCGUGGUACAAACAGAAGUUCGAGGAGAUGCAGUCAUCUGCUGGCAAAUAUGGAGAUGACCUUCGCAACACCAAGCAGGAGAUUGCUGAACUCAACCGCAUGAUCAGCAGACUUCAGAAUGAAAUUGAAGCUGUCAAAGGACAACGUGCCAACCUGGAAUCUCAGAUCGCUGAGGCUGAGGAGCGUGGAGAACUGGCAGUGAAGGAUGCCAAGCUCCGCAUUAAGGACCUGGAAGAAGCCCUGCAAAGAGCAAAGCAGGAUAUGGCGCGCCAGGUGCGUGAGUACCAGGAGCUCAUGAAUGUCAAACUGGCCUUGGACAUUGAGAUCGCCACCUACAGGAAACUUCUGGAAGGAGAGGAGAGCAGGAUUGCUUCUGGUGGUGGCUCUGCAACUGUCCACAUCCAGCAGUCAACCAGUUCCAGCGGUGGUGGCGGCGGCGGUGGCUUCGGAUUCGGUGGAGGUUCCGGAUUCGGUGGUGGUUCUGGUUUCGGUGGUGGUUCCGGAUUCGGUGGUGGAUCUGGAUUUGGUGGUGGCAGUGGCUUCAGCAGUGGCAGCGGCUAUGGCUAUGGUGGUGGCUCAGGGAUGUCCAUUGGUGGCGGAGGCGGCAGCAGCCAAGUCUCAAUUUCCCGCUCUGUGGUGCAGAGCCAGCAGCGCCGCCUUUAAACCAAAAAUGUCCACCCAGUUCCCCACUCCCAAAUAUCAUCUACCACCUGGGCAACUCCUAUCUUUUACACUCUACAUUUCAAUGCUUCAUACCUUUUUGAUGAAUUUAGGCACCAAAAAUCACUGUCACCCAAAGAGACUUUCAUGUCAAAGUGUUAUAUCAUAAUGGCUUUUCACACUCACUGUGUUGUCUUUGAUUUUUGUUUUUGCUUCUUGGCAUCACUCCUCAUCCAGAGUAAAAAUUGUCCUUAAGGGGAUACACAAUGAGAAAGGAGCUAAUGAGACAGACAAAGCAUGGAGCUCAAGUACUUCUUCAGGUUGAAAAGCUUUUGUUGCCCUAUGUCAAGACAUGCGAGUAUUAAACACACAAAAUGAAUAAUUUUUUCAGCUGACUCAGAAUUCUGCAUUACUACAAACAGCAUUGUCAAUGCUUCUGCUGCAUGCUCAUAGUGCAACAAAAUCUACUCAAUUGAGAUUGUACUGCCCUCAGAGGGGGGUAACUGUGAGGCAAAUCUCAGUUAUUACCCAACUUUUACUCUCUCUCUUUCCUUUUCCUGAUUUUGGAUGAUGGGCUGAUGAGCUGUUCUUAUGUCAAAAUUGUUGUAUUCAUCAAGCCAUGUACCAUUUGGAAACACCAAUAAAUCAGGGUUACAUUAAA